AUGCCUAGCAUAUAUAUUGUUAUUAUCUACCUGGCAGCUAUGGUUAAUAGCCACAUGCAGCUGGCCCAGCCGUUCCCUAUUCGCAGUCCGCUUGAUAAACAGUCCACGAACAAAGAUUAUUCCUACGCAGCACCCUUAAAGCCUGAUGGCUCGGACUACCCUUGCAAAGGGUAUCAUAAAGACGCUUUUCGUGCUACUGCUAAAUAUCAAUCCGGGCAAGAUUACAGUAUCAAAAUCGCCGGUGGUGCUCCUCAUGGUGGCGGCUCCUGUCAAAUCUCACUUUCACAUGACAACGGAGAAACGUUUCGGGUUAUCAAGUCAAUUAUUGGAGGCUGUCCUUUGAAGAAGGAGUAUUCGUUUACUGUUCCACGCGACGCACCACCUGGAAACGCAUUGUUGGCCUGGACGUGGUUUAACAAGAUUGGCAACCGGGAAAUGUAUAUGAAUUGCGCACAAGUGACGAUUGUUAGUGGGAACAAAAGGGGUCGAGCAGCGACGGCCACUGCUUUCAACAGCUUGCCCAACAUCUUUACAGCGAACAUAAACGGAGAAGGACGAUGUAAAACUAGAGAAGGCGCGGACAUUAUCUUUCCUGACAUAGGGCCAGACGUUGAAUAUGGGCCAGGAGGUUCAGGAAAGCCCAAAAAAGGGUUCACUUGUGAUGAUGGCGGCCAGCCCCCUGAUGGUGCCCCGGCACUGCCGUCGGACACACCGCAGCCAUCUCCAACCUCAGGUUUACAAUCGAAUAAAUCACCCAUAUCGACUUCUGAUUUCCUGGGUUUCGAGAGAUCCUCUAUGCCUCUUCCAACGAGCACAGGCUUCUCUAAAAGCCCCGCCAACGAUACUGGGAAUGGAGGCUCUUGCGUCCAGAGGUUUACACCGUCGAGGAACUCCAUCAAAACUUUGACGCCAUCUUACGUACCGAAGCCAACCUCCUCUGCCAAACUCCCCCCGUUCUUAACCGCAGUAAACUCCAAUACCAGCACUGUCAUCCCUGCUAGUGUUGGUCCCAGCAUGCGCGCCUUAAACCUCUCCCGGCCUCGAAAGUAUACGGCGAUUGUCCGGCUUGGGUAUCGCCAUAUCCAAAAGCAUAUCUGCUAUCUCCAAUACCACUUUGCCCAUGGCUGUAAUCUAAGCCGCUGGACGCUUGCCAAGGAUUUGUUUUAUACGGGUUUUCUGUGGAAUUUUGGCGUAACGUGGUGGCUUUUCGAUCGAAGGUUGAGGCGAGAGUGGAAUAGUCCCGUUGGCAUCACCGUCGGCUUGGUUGAAAUCAACAACUGUAGUUCGCGGACCGACGUUGCGACGUCGAGGAAACCGGAACAUAGACCGGAAACGAGAGGUUCCAAAGAUAUCGAACUAGCCAAGAUAAGGUCUAUUGCGGAUAGUUGUGGGAUUGCGAUUUCAAGCAGGCCAGCAUCGGACUUUGCGACGAGGGAUAUUGAUCAGGACCUAGCGAGGCUGCUGAAAAACGAGCAUGCUACCGGAACUUUACCACAAACUGAUUUGAAACUGGCUAUGGGGUCUGCUGCGGCUUUAAUCAAAUAUCUCGGUGCCAUGUCGGAUCCGUCGAACUUUGGCCAAUAUCAACUCUACCAGCACGAUCUCUCCCAGUACAUGAAAUUGGAUUCAGCUGCGCUUAGGGCCUUAAAUCUAAUGCCUGGCCCGCGUGAUGGGGCCAAAAGCAUGAGUUUAUACGGUCUUUUGAACCACUGCAAAACUCCUGUCGGUGGCCGACUGCUUGCGCAAUGGCUAAAGCAGCCUUUGAUGAAUCACAACGAUAUUGAAAAGUCCGUAACCUCCAGCGGGUUGAUUUGCGUCACCGUUUCCGAUCGGGGUAUUGACAUUUCCAGAGCACGUUUGUGUGCCAUUUCGGGCCAUGAUGGCAAUGGCGAUAAAGGCGGCGGUAAAGGAGAAGUCAAGAAUCAUAGCCAAACCUGCAAAGAACGGAACACCGCCGAUGCUAAGGGUGAAGAUAGAAGCCAAAAGGGUGUAGAAAGUAGCGGCCCCUGA